AUGGAAACGAUAACUCGUAACCAAACGUUUUCGCUGAUACAAACCCGUUCAAAAGAUUUACACGCUGCACUGAAAAACGCAAAGACUGUAGUCACUUUUACACGAGAAAACUUAAGCGAAUACGACCAAAGUGAAGACAGAGACAAACAAGAACUCGACGAACAACAACUUGGCGUCAAAGUCAAAGAACUGAAAGCUAUGAGAGAGAAGAGAGAAGAGAUGUUAAAAGAGUGUGAAGCGAUGAGGGAUAACUUCAGAACGCUUGCUGAUGAGGUCGACGAAUUGAUUAACCUUGAAUAUAAGAACGUCGACGAAAUCGCGACCUGCGGAAACUCUCUUGUUGAACAAUUCUUGAAGCUUAAGUACUCCCGAAUCUUUUUGAAUCCAGAAAAGGACGCAAUGGACGCUUCGAAGCUUAAGAAGUACACGAAAAUUAAAGAAAGGUGUGACUCUCUAGUCAUCCCAUUGCACUUCCCACAACAAGCGAAACAAAGUAAAAGCACUGACGAACGAAGUGCUAUUCAAACACACAAAACUCACGCAAGUUUAAUUGAAGUCAAGUCACCAGUGCUAACGAAUGACACAUACCAACAAAAGCGAAUUUCUUUGACAAGUGGGAUGAGUGGCGCAAAGCUGUUACAAGAGCUGAAUAUCCAAGAAGACGAUUCGGAGAAGAGCGAAACACAACCAAAGAUCCAAAUUCAUACACAACAAACAGAGUCUCAGUUAACAGAAGAACACUUGGGAAACAAGAAGGAGACUAAAGACGACGAUUUCGUGAGGAACGAAAAGAGCCCAAACGACUCAAAUGGCUCUGAUGAUGAAAUUACUAAAAUGAAAAAGAAGAGAAGCUAUUCCGUUCGACUCCCAAGAAGUGUAUUAACAGACCGACCGAUUGAGUUGAAAGACUUUCCGAUGGAUCAGUUAAAUAGUGACAUCAAACAAUUAUACGAAUGGACGAAAUGCAGUGAACACCAAGUAUUGUACGACUCGAAAAAUGCGGAGACAAAGGUCUCUUUACUCAAGUGUGCAGUCAAUCUGUCGUUCCUUUUUAUCGCCGUUGUAUAUCAGAGAAACAUGUUUGGCGUGUUCAUUAAGAAGCCCAUUGAUGGUACGCCGAACCCGAUGAACGACCCGUGGCAUUUUAGUGUUUCACUCAAAGAAGGCGAGGAACUGAAGAAAAUGAUGCCAAAAGAGGACAAAUGGAAGAACGUGUUCACCUUCAAAAACAACGCAAAAGAGCUUUUUGAGUUGGGAGAGGGUGUUGUAGUAGUUGGGACUAUAGGAGAGAAGAUUACCUUUGGCAAUCUCACUGGAUUGUACGAAAGCACUGACAAAAAUAUAGUUAACAGUCUCAAAGGGAAAAGCGCGACUGUAGAGAGAGUUGUUGUUUUACAACUGUUUUGA